AUGCAUAAUAAACUCGCAUCCGUGCUCGGCUCAUUGGCCCUAGUCUCCCUCGUCUCUGCCGUCCCCGUGGAGAAGCGUGGAAUGAUCUCAUACGGAGAUCGAAGUGAGCAUGUCAGUUCAUGGCAAGCGUCUCAAUCGUACACUACCAGUGCUCCUAGUGGCUCCAACGGGUACUCAGCCACCUACGCAUCCUCAGCUCCUUACCAAACCAGCUCUAGCCACGGCGCAGCUCCUCCCUCAUCCUCGGACUCAGGGAACAAUCCUUUCAAGUUCCCGUUGUCCAACGGCUUUCCCAACAUUGCCAAAGGCUCUCCGCAGCUUCAAGACAUCCAAGUUCAAGCCCACGGAACUCUUCCGAACGGAGCGGCACCACCUAAACCCGCUGAGGACGACUUGCUCUCUUUGCGUUUGAUUGCAUUCAAUGAAUUGUGGGAGGUUGCCUUCUUUACUGAGCUCCUUGCCAACAUAACAAACAAUGUUCCAGGCUACCAAUUCGAGAAGGAAGAGGAACGUCAGACCAUCAUUAAUGCCAUCACGGCCGUUCAAGCCCAGGAGGAGCUACACACUCUCAACGCCAAUGGUGCUCUGCAAGCAUUCGACACGCCGAUCCUGCCCUGCACAUACGUCGCACCAGUCGCCGAUUUUAUCUCUGCCAUCAAGCUUGCUCAAAAAUUCACUGACGUCGUCCUUGGUACUUUGCCAGACGUGCAGACCCACUUUGGCCAGAACGGCGACAACGGCUUGAUCCGUGGCGUUGGCUCUGUCAUCGGACAGGAAGGCGAGCAAAACGGCUUCUAUCGCAACAUCCUCGGCAAGAUUCCCUCCGCCAACCCGUUCCUGACCGCCGGGACACGAGAGUUCGCCUUCAACGCCCUGAAUCAAAACUUCAUUGUCCCCGGAUCUUGCCCCAACAUCAACACCAUCAACUUCGGCAAGCCAUUCAGCGUCCUGACUCUUGAGACUCCCGAGAACCAGAUCACCGCCAAGGACACCACCAUCGAGUUCUCCAUUGCAGAAGGUGACUGGAGCCCGUAUUCUUCCAAGCCUGAGGAGCUGAGCCUGGUGUACAUCAAUCAGCAGAACGUGCCCAUCACUCAAGCUAUCACUAUGGCUGGACACCGCGACGGCCGAGUCCACUUCACCGCAAACUUCCCCUUCCAGGAGAACCUGCUUUUCGGUCUCACCAUCGCCGUACUCGCCCAGGGAAGCAGCUUCGCUGAUGUCGUCGCCGUCUCCAAUGCUACUGUCUUCGGACCUGCUUUGAUCGAGGUUUUGUAA